UGCAGCAGCGGUCAAAGCGCCACCGUACAGGUCACAUCAGCACCCUGUCCUCCUGCUCAUGUUAACGCCAGCAUAAACUGCCAAACUAAUUCUGCCAUGGUACAAUGGCAUCCUAAUGGUGGGGCAGAGUCUUAUGAAGUCCAGGCUCUUGGUUCCAGAGGAGACAUAGCAGGAUGCAACACUACAGGAAUGUUCUGUAACAUGUCCAACCUGCUGUGUGGCGAUGUGUACAAUGUUAGCGUAUUUGCUAUUAGCAACAAUUGCCGUGUAACUGGAAACCUAGUCACACAACUCCGUACGGUGCCAUGUGUUCCUGUCCCCUUGAACCCCGUUUUGGACUGUGCGUCCGGGGAGGUCACUAUGAAAUGGCAGUCCAGCAGUGGAGCCACAUCCUACAGAGCACUCGCCAAGGGAAGUGGAGGUUAUCCGGCAUCCUGCAGCAGCAACAGCACUACGUGUGUGUUCGCUGGGCUGCUGUGUGGACUGACUUACAGCUUCUCUGUCUCAGCUUCUGACAGCAUGUGCACCAGCAUGUACAGUAGCAGUUUUCAGCUGAACACAGUUCCUUGUAAGCCUCAGAACCUCAGCGCCUCAGUGGACUGCUCAACCAGUACAGGACUAGUGUCAUGGGAAGCAGAACAGGGUGCUUUGUUCUACAUGGUCCAAGCAGUGGGAGCGAACGGAUACCAGACGCAAUGCAUGAGCACCAACACAAGCUGUUCGUUACCCAGCUUGCAAUGUGGACAACUCUAUAACGUCACUUCUGUCAGCCAGGAUGGGCGAUGUAACAGCAGCAGUGCUCAAGUCAAUCUGCAGUCAGUCCCAUGUGUACCCACCGGUGUCAAGGCCUCCCUGCUUUGCAGUUCCAACUCGGUAGCCGUGACCUGGCAGUCAUCCAGUGGAGCGCUGAGAUAUCGGGCUGAUGCUGUGAACAUCAACAGGUCUCAAACCGUCUCCUGUAACUCUAGCCUGCCUUCCUGCACUGUUGGACAGCUGCUCUGCGGAACAUCCUAUAACGUCACUGUGGUCGCUCUGGAUGACGAGUGCAGCAGUGUGAAGAGUCUCGCCGCUCAAGUGCUCUCGGGUGAGGAAUUUGAUCUUGUGAGCUUGUGA